UGGACCAAAGUAGAGAUGCAUUCGGCAGUUAGCCACAAAGUCUGCAGUUACUGUGUCCAGCGUAUUUCCAUUUCUAUACCGUUCCUCCUGCACCGCCAGUUCCAUCUCAUCAUGGAACAGAACCAACCCACUGUGGGUGGUGUUACGGCGGAGGUACUAAAAGGCGUCGUUUCGCAAGCUCUGCUGGGCAAAUUCACAGCUGUUUUUCCAAAGCUUUUCAAGUGCCAGUGGAAGACAUACGAAGGUCAAAAGAAGUUCUACGCCAAUUUCAGCACCGAUUGUAACACCGACAACAACAGCAACAUGAGCGCCCGAAAAUUCUGCGUGGGAGGAAACUGGAAGAUGAACGGCGACCAGAAGUCGAUCGCCGAGAUUGCCAAGACGCUCAGUUCGGCCGCCCUGGACCCCAACACCGAGGUGGUCAUCGGCUGCCCGGCCAUCUACCUGAUGUACGCCCGCAAUCUGCUGCCCUGCGAAAUGGGCCUGGCCGGCCAGAAUGCCUACAAGGUGGCCAAGGGCGCCUUCACCGGCGAAAUCUCGCCGGCCAUGUUGAAGGACAUCGGUGCCGACUGGGUGAUCCUUGGGCACUCGGAGCGUCGUGCCAUCUUCAACGAGUCCGAUGCCCUGAUCGCCGAGAAGGCCGAGCAUGCCCUGGCCGAGGGCCUCAAGGUCAUCGCCUGCAUCGGUGAGACCCUGGAGGAGCGCGAAGCCGGCAAGACCAACGAGGUGGUGGCCCGCCAGAUGUGCGCCUAUGCCCAGAAGAUCAAGGACUGGAAGAACGUGGUGGUGGCCUACGAGCCCGUCUGGGCCAUUGGCACCGGCAAGACCGCCACUCCCGAUCAGGCCCAGGAGGUGCACGCCUUCCUGCGUCAAUGGCUGAGCGACAACAUCUCCAAGGAGGUAUCCGCCGCCCUGCGCAUCCAGUAUGGUGGAUCCGUGACCGCUGCCAAUGCCAAGGAGCUGGCCAAGAAGCCCGACAUCGAUGGCUUCCUGGUCGGAGGUGCCUCCCUGAAGCCCGAGUUCGUGGACAUCAUCAAUGCCCGGCAAUAAGCAGUUCGAUCUCCAAGCAUCCCAUCGUUUGCAACUCGACGAACUGCCUGCGGAAAAGGUCCUGGCCAAGGACUCCAGACCGCACCUGCAUUACGCACACACACACGUCGUUGUUGUUGUUGUUGUUGUUGUCACAACCAGAGCAGUUCCAAAUUCAUAGUUACCCAGCUACACACAUCCCUGUUGUUAAACGUAUAGUCCAUUGUGUAAAUCUUAAAUUAUUCUGGCAAUAAUUAUACGCAACUCAUUUACUCAUAUACAAAAAAAAAAAAAAACGAGUGCCUUAUUUUUUGCAAGAAUGUUUAUGAUUUAGUUAUUUUUAGCGCAAAUGGUUUGGCGACAAGGCUUGUACAUAUAUGUGUCACCUCUGUGGACCUUAUACUGGCAGACUUAUUACUUAAUUUUUGAUAAGAGCACGUAAUAUCAAAUCAUUAUUAAAAGCAUACUUAAUAGAUUAA